AUGCCUCAUACCGCUCAGCUUCCCAGGAUCAACGUGAUCCUCCUCGUUGAUCUUGGAAAGAUCGACCAAUCGAUUAUCGAGCUCCGUUCCACCGAACGUGAAAGCUUUACCAUCGACUGGGACGGUGCAAUUGAGGCGGUUCAAACGGAAUGGGACAAAUUGAAGGAGAAGCGCCAGCGGGCUCCCAGCGAGUCCCUUGGCGCCGUGGUGAUGUGCCGAUGUCUCUGUGAGUGUGAGACUCGCAGACCGCGGAGUCUCUUGGCGAUGGGUAGGCUUGGGAUUCACAAGCUCGAGAGACCGAGCCAGACCGCUGUGAGGUGUCACUGCCAGUGUGACUGUACUAUGCGCAAGCAGGCUCUAUUGGAGAAUAAUAGUUCAGAGAUCAUCAAUCUCGGCAACUACCGCAUCCGAAUGUUCACCGAGUCGCCUGUUGACCAUGAGCCGCUUCCCUUUGAGUACGAGGGCCAGGUGGAGUUCGACCACCUGGAUCCUCUAUACAAGGAUGCUCUGCUCAGUUUUCACAGUCUCUUCAAGAAAGAGUCGGACAAAAAGUAG